GGAGGAGGAGGAGGAAGAGGAGGAGGAGGAGGAGAAGGAGAGUGUGCAAGAGGAAUAGAGGGGGAAGGCGGGAGAGAGGGUGGUAGUGGAGGCGGAGGGAGCAGUGCAUGUGGUGGAGGCAAUAGUAACAGUAGUGGUGGCAAGAUAAAAGGAGAGAGAAGCGGAGAUCUGAGCGACAUGGACGACGGCUGCGGUGACUUGAGUGAGGACGAGGGGAGCAGGGACAGCGAGGCGGUGGAGAGCAAGAUCCACCUGCCCACCGAUGACUUCAGGUCCAGCAGUAUCGCCGCUCUCAGACAGCGGGCACAGGAACACAGCGCGAUGUUACUGCAGAGCAUGAGUCCACACGAGGCUCUCAGUCACGCUCACGCCCAUGCCCACGCUCUCCACCAGCAGCAGCAGCACCUUCAACACCAGCAGCAGCAACAGCAGCAGCAGCAGGAACAGGAGUCAUCACAACGACAAGUCCCUCCGCUCCACGCGUUAGGGGCAGCGCUCCCUCCCGCGCCCCAUCGCACCCACCACCUCCACCAGGCUCUCUUCUAAGAAGGAGAGCUGCCCUGUGACUCCCUGCGACUUCCCACCGGUGACUCUUCCUUGCCACGCCCUCAUCACACUCUCAUCCUCGCCUCAGCCCGCCGGAGAACAUCCUAGCCCGUCACCCCAGCCGCAGCCCACCACUCGCCCGUCACCCCUGGCCCGUCACCCUUGGCCCGUCACCCUCGCUGCAGCAUCAGUCACUCAGCCAAGUCCCACUCCAUCCCUCUCUUCAUAAGACUGAAAUUAGAAUAAAAUCAUAAUGAGGAUCUUCCAAAAUCACUUUUUUUUUCUUUCUUUACUAUUUUUUUCUAUAAUGUAGCGUUUAUUUUCUCUUUUUCCUUCAUUUCUUGUCUUUUCCCUAUCUCGUCUAUUGAGUAAUUUUUCCUGUGAUUUUAUUCUUGUUUUUCUCUUUUUCUAUUCUUCUUUCAUGUUUUUUUCUCUGUUGUGUUUCUUUAUUGGGUUUUCUUUUGUUAAUUUCGCUUUUCUUUUUUUCUUUUCGACCUCCUUUCCAUCUCUACUGUUUUAUUCAUAUACUGAGUGUUUAAGUUUUCUUCCUUCUUUUCCCCUCGUUUGAUUUCUUUGAUAUAUGAAAGCAAGGCAAUAUAAAGUUAUAUGUCCUUAUAAUCAGAUCUGUUUUUGUUCUUUUUUUCUUCUCGACCUCCUUUCCAUCUUUACUAUUUUAUUCAUCUAUUGAGUAUUUACGUUUUCUUUCUUCUUUUCCCUCGUUUGAUUCCUUUGAUAUCUGAAAGCAAGGCAAUAUUAAGUUAUAUGUCCUUUUAAUCAGAUCAAAAGAGAUGCAUUUUCUAGUCUUGUAUUUCCUCAUCGAGCAUCUGAAUGUAUCGUUAUUAAACCUUACAAUUCAUUAGACUUUUCUUUCAUUUACUCAUUUUGUGCCAAACAGUUCAUUUCCUAAUCAAAAUAAGUUUGAUCUCUUUUCUCUUUUUCUAUAUUUUUAUUUAUUCAUUUUUUUUAUUAUUCGUUCUGUAUCUCAUAACUUCCUUGGCCAAAAACUCCCCAUAAUUAUUCUUCUCUUAAAUGUCUUCAUGUUUUGGUUCCUUUACUUAAUUUUUCACCUCCCUUUCACAUUAUCCUCUCUCUCUCUCUCUCUCUCUCUCUCUCUCUCUCUGAACUUCAAUAUCCCAUUCCCUCGGUGUUUUCGCUCCCCUUUUUCGUUCUCGCUCUCUUCUGAGUCUCCUAUACUUGGAAAAU